GGGCCGCGGGGCGGAGGCUCCGGGAAGGACGCGCCCCCUCCCCGGCCCGCCCCGCUCCCCCGGCCUACAAGUCUGCGCACAGGAAGCGCCUCCGCAUCUGUACCUGCGCCCUGGUCCGCUCCCCGCACCCCGCCCCGCCGAAGCCUCACUGAACCAUGGCGACAACUCCUGCGGCUGCCUUUGAGGCCCUCAUGGAUGGAGUGACAAGCUGGGAGGUACCCGAAAGCCCUGUUCCCAGUGAACUCCUUCUUACUGGAGAGGCUGCCUUCCCAGUGAUGGUGAACGAUAAAGGCCAGGUCCUCAUCGCGGCCUCCUUCUAUGGCCGAGGCCGCCUGGUGGUGGUGUCGCACGAGGGCUAUCUGCUGGAUGCCGGCCUGGCCCCGUUUCUUCUCAAUGCAGUGCGCUGGCUCUCUCCCUCUCCUGGGGCGCCUGUUGGCGUGCACCCAUCGCUGGCAUCACUAGCACACAUCCUGGAGGGCUCCGGGGUGGAGGCACAGGUUCACCCAGAACCAGCAGAACCCCUGGAGGUUUACUGCAUCAGUGCCUACAAUGACACCAUGACUGCAGAACUGAUCCAGUUUGUGAAACGUGGUGGGGGCUUGCUCAUCGGGGGCCAGGCCUGGUACUGGGCCAGUCAGCACGGUAGUGACAAGGUGCUGUCCGAGUUCCCAGGGAACCAGGUGACCAGUGUGGCCGGAGUGUACUUCACUGACACCUAUGGGGACACAGGCCGCUUCAAGGUCUCCAAGAAGGUGCCCAAGAUCCCUGUCCAGGUCAGGUGUGGGGAGGACCUCAGGCAGGAUCAGCAGCAGCUCCUGGAAGGGAUCUCGGAGCUUGACAUCGGGACGAGGGGACUCCCCUCGCAGCUGCUGGUGCACGGGGCCCUGGCCUUCCCCCUGGGCUUAGAUGCCUCUCUCCGAUGCUUCCUGGCAGCUGCCCGCUAUGGCCAGGGCCGGGUGGUCCUGGCUGCCCAUGAGGGCAUGCUCUCUAAUCCCAGUUUAGGACCCUUUUUACUCAAUGCUGUGCGCUGGCUGGCCAAAGGCCAGACAGGCAAAGUUGGGGUGAACACCAGUCUAGAAAAACUGCACACCCUGCUGUUGGAGCAUGGUCUUGAGUGCAGUCUUGAGCCCCAUCUGACAAGUGACGUGUGCGUCUACUGCUGUACAGCUUACAGCGACAAGGAGGCUAAGAGGCUGCAGGAGUUUGUGGCCGAGGGUGGGGGCUUGCUGAUCGGGGGCCACGCCUGGUGGUGGGCCUCCCAGAACCCUGGCCGCUCCGCGUUGGCUGAUUUCCCCGGUAACCUCAUACUGAACAGCUUUGGCCUCAGCAUCCUACCUUGGACCUUGGACCCGGGCUGUUUCCCGGUCCCUUCCGCCGACAGCCUGAACUACCACUUCCGCAAGGCGCUGUCUGAAUUCCAGGCUAACUUGAACCUCGAGGGUGGCAACUUGGAGAAGAACUGGCUGGCGAAACUGAGAGUGGAUGGAGCUGCCUUCCUCCAGAUUCCCGCAAAGGGGGUCCCUGCCUAUGCCUCCCUGCACCGGCUCCUGAGGAAGCAGCUGCGGCUUCGUCUUUCGGGAUUCCCAGCUGUGAGCCGGGAGAACCCGGUGGCCGGUGACUCCUGUGAGGCGGUGGUGCUCUGCCUGGCCACAGAGCUGGCGCGCUCCGGCACUGACUGCUCCGAGCUGGCACAGGGGCUUGGAGCCUGGUCCUGCGGCUCCAAUCUGUGCCCAUCAGAACACACAGUGGAGAUCGAUGCACGCAACCCAAGCGAUGAUGCCUGGAUGAGUACAGGGCUUUACCUCCCAAACGGACAACUUACAGAAGUCUCCUUGUGUGAAGCUGCAGCUUGCGCCGGCCUGAAGUUACAGAUUGGCUGCCACACCGAUGACUUGAUGAGUGCCAGCAAGCUGUCUCGAGCCCCCGUGGUGACUCACCAGUGCCAUAUGGACAGGACCGAACAGUCAGUCUCCAACCUCUGGGGCGGCCUUCUCUACGUCAUCGUGCCCACGGGCUGUAACCUGGGGCCCGUGUCCAUCACCAUCAAGAGGGCUGUGCCUGCCCCGUAUUACAAGCUGGGUGAGACAUCCCUGGAGGCGUGGAGGAGCUGUAUUCAGGAGAGCCCGGCUCCCUGGGGAGAGCUCGCGACAGACAACAUUAUCUUGACCGUGCCGACUGCAGACCUGCGGGCCCUGGAGGACCCAGAGCCCUUGCUCCGCCUCUGGGAUGAGAUGAUGGAGGCUAUAGCCAGGCUGGCAGCCCAGCCCUUCCCUUUCCGCCGUCCAGAGAGGAUUGUUGCUGAUGUGCAGAUCUCAGCCGUGUCCUUGUCUGGUUUCGGUAUCAGAGUGAUGACAGCUUCCUAGAAUGGUUUUGGGUGGAUUCUGUCUGCUUCGGUCUUUUGGGAGUUUGAGAAGGAUCGGUAUAAAUUCUACUGUGUUUGUUGGGUAGAGUUCCUCAGUGAAGCCAUCCAGUCCUGGACUUUUUGUUUGUACCAAGGUAUUUUUCUAUAUAUCGAUUCUGUUUCACUUCUAGUGAGUGAGUGAUCUGUUCAAAUUGUCUGUUUCUUCUUGUCGCAGUUUGCACAGGCUGUGUGUUUCUAGAAACUGGUCCAAGAAACUUGUCCAUUUCUUCUUGUCCAGGUUGUUGGCAUGUAACUGUUCACAGUAUUCUUUCCCCCCCCCCUUUUCAAAAUUUAUUUAUUUUAAUUGGAGGCUAAUUACUUUACAAUAUUGUAUUGGUUUUGCCAUACAUCAACAUGAAUCCACCACGGGUGUACACGUGUUCCCAAUCCUGAACCCCCCUCCCACCUCCCUCCCCAUACCAUCCCUCUGGGUCAUCCCAAUGCACCAGCCCCAAGCAUCCUGUAUCCUGCACCGAACCUGGACUGGUGAUUCUCUUAGGAUUUUUUGUAUCUCUGUGGGAGAAAUACCAUUUGUUACUUUGAUACUUUGUUUACUUGGGUCCACUUGGUCUUCUCCUGAGCCUGGCCAGAGUUUGUUGACUGUCCUUUCAAAAAACCAGCUCUUGGAUUUAUUGAUCUUUUCCAUUGUUUUUGACUCUAUUUUAGUUAUUUUCUGCCUGAUCUUUGUUAUUGCUUCCUUUCUGCUGACUUUUAUUUUGCCUUUUAAAAUAUCCAAUAUGUGUAAGGCAUAAUUUUACUGGUAAAGUAAGGGGAGAAAACUGCAACUGAAGACAUGGAGAUGAAAAGAUGUUUACAUGCAAAAAGGUAAAUCAUGUUCACCUACAGGGUAAGAAUUCACAGAAGGGUGGAACAGUCUCAGAAAAACUGGUACUAGGACUUCAAGAUGCUGGUGAGGAUUCUUUCAAGGAGAGGUUAUAACCUCUGAGAUAUCUCCUUCAACCAUAAUUCAGAUUUGCAAUGAAAAGAGGGGGUAAAAAGACUUAUACUAAGUAUUUAGUGGUUUAGAGAAAAGGCAAUGGCACCCCACUCCAGUACUCUUGCCUGGAAAAAUCCCAUGGAUGGAGGAGCCUGGUGGGCUGCACUCCACGGGGUCGCUAAGAGUCAGACACGACUGAGCGACUUCAC